AUGGCAUUCAGCUUCGGCUUCUCCGGCGACGACAUAGAGCCCACUGCUGAAGAGGAAGUGUUUGACACAGGAGCGAGCGGCUCCGCCGCCGCCACGAUAAUGGAUGCACCAACUGCGCCAGCCCAGACACAUCGGGUUGAAGAUCUGCUUGCAACGCUUCCUUCCAAAAUAUCAUACAGCAGUCUCGAGAUCGAAUCACCAAAGGGGCGAAAGCUGCGCGUUCCUCGGCGUGAGCUCUUCGAUAUCCGAAUGCAGCUUAUGGCCGAAGAUAACAAUGACGACGCUGCUCCACUUACUGGUCUUGACGACUCGGAUAUCAAGACCAACAUCUACGAAGGUGGGUUCAAGAGCUGGGAAUGCUCCAUCGACUUGGCAAAGCUGUUGCUCGAUCGUGGUCCGCGGAAGGACAUCGAUGAUCUGUGCAGGGUCGACCACGUUGUUGAGCUCGGCUGCGGCACCGCCAUACCAACCCUAGUCCUCUUCCAUUACGCUAUUACCAACGGCCUCACCCUCUACUUCACGCUCGCCGACUACAACGCCUCGGUCUUGCGUCUCGUUACUUUGCCAAACCUCCUGUUGACCUGGGUGUCAACACUAUCCGCCACCGACGCCCCUUUCUCAGCCACCUCGCCAAAUCCACUCCAUGAAUCCUCUGCAGGCGACUUAGACAUCACACCCGCCCUCCUCAGCGCAUUCACCACAGCGCUCACCCACCAAGGCAUCACCCUGAACCUGAUCUCCGGUUCCUGGAUCCCGGUCUCAAGUUUCCUGCCCCUCGUACCUACAGGGCCAGAAAUGACGACGCUGGUGCUGGCGUCGGAGACGAUAUACUCUCCAGCCAGUUUAUCGGCGUUCACGGAGUUGUUGGUGGGAAUUCUGCAGCGGGUAAGGAUGGGGAAGGCGAUGGUGGCGGCGAAGAGAGUGUAUUUUGGCGUCGGGGGCAGUGUGGAUGGGUUUAAGCAGGAGGUGGCGGGGAGGGGUGGGGUUGCGUAUGAGAUUGAGAAUCAUGGGGUUGAGAUGGGGGAGGGGAGUGGGGUGAGGAGGUGUUUGAUGGAGGUGCAGAUGUGGAAGGGCGCUACGAGCCGCGACCUUAUGCAGAUGCACGGUGCCCUCCAAGAUGUACUGAAGCGGCUAUCGAUGCCUCCACUGCCACGGCUGGAGACGACAUCUACCGCCACUGAGGUUCCUUCUGCGGAAGAAUUUGCCGACCCACUAGAAGACGUCGGUCCAUCAACCGACAAUUCUCCAAAGCUCUCGCCAAAGGACGAUUCGAUGCCUCAUGUGCCUAUACAAUCACUAUACGAGAUCACAAAGCUUCGAGCCCUGCGAGCCGACGAUGCCGUACAGGAGAGUCCCACUUCUCAUCCAAAUGGCCGCGCUAGUCGCACCAUUAACGAUUUCAUCACGACCGGAUCAGUAAGCCUUGAGGAUGCCGAACGCUUGUUCGAUCUUUAUUUGAAUCGGCUGGAUCAUUUUAUGUACAGUGUCGGUGGAAGGUACUCGGAUCUCACUACCGUACGGCGAGCGUCUCCAAUCCUCACGGCGUGCAUCUGCACGGUGGCUGCACUGCAUGAUGCUAACAGCAAUCAUCUGUAUGGUAUCUGCAAGCGGGAGUUUCAACGCCUCAUGGCUGCGUCCAUGUUUGAUAGGCGUAUCGACCGAGACCAUCUAAGAGCUAUGUGCAUCGGUUCCUACUGGCUCAGUGACAUAUCUUGGACGCUCUCCGGCUAUGCGAUACGACGCGCCACGGAAGUCAAUCUCAAUGCGAACUACCGCCGCGCAAUAGCCGAAAGUAAUGAGGAUGCAGCUGACUGUAUGAGACUAUGGUACACUCUCUACAUAUGCGACCAGCACCUUUCGAUUCUUUAUGGUAGGCCGUCCAUCAUCAGAGAAGAUUUCUCUAUCCAGGGGUGGGAGACUCUCCUCCGAGCGCUCUGGGUUACGGAUUCCGAUAGACGUUUGAUCAGUCAAGCCGCAUUACUCAUCAUAAUGCGAAACGUACAAGAACUCUUUGGACCGGACACGGGAUCACCUGUCCCGAGCGCUUAUGCCGCCCAAAUCGUCAACUUCAGCCGACAGUUGGAUCAGUGGGUUGGUCAUUGGUCAACCAACAUCCCAAGAGUUCAUCCUUGUCUGGGAGGGUUCCCCAUCAAGGGCGUCCUAUUACACUAUCAUUUUGCAAGAUUGCAUCUAUACUCCCACAUUUUCCGCGGCCUGCCCAACGCUCCAAUCCCCGACUACUUCCAAGAGGGAGCAUCUGCAGCUGUAUCAGCCGCAGCUUCCAUCGUCGACCUACUUGUUACGGACCAGGAUCUCCGCGACGGCCUGGUCGGCAUGCCGAGCUACCUCCACUCCAUGACCGCCUUCGCAUGCGUCUUCCUACUGAAGAUUGCGACGAAGCGUAGCGGUCAGUUCAUUGAAGACGCCACAGUGUUCGACCUCACUACACGACUGGUCCAGCUGCUCAGAUCCGCCUCCACAGGCCAAUGGCAUCUGGUGCACCUGAUGGCCGACGGACUGGAGAAGAUGGCCAACAGCAUGCUGCAGCAACCCCAAGGGAGCAGCAACAACACGCCUCAGAAUGAAAGCUUGACGUCGAGCGCGCCGUAUUCGAAUACACAAGGCCAGAAUCUGCUCCAGGUGCUGGAGCAUGGCGAAGCGAUAUUGGGCUACCGGUCACCUUACAGUGGAUUGGUGGACUCGGAUUUCGGAUUAGGGCCUUCAACCUUCCCGCAAAUCGACUUCGGGAAUAUGGAAUUCAACUACGCUGGCUUUGGCUUUUUGUGA